CAACACUCUUGGGAAGUAAAUUUGUGCGAAGGAUCUCCAAACUUUUCCAUUUUUUAGGAAUCGUUUCCAAUCGAAAAGCAAAGACGAUGGCGAAGGUGUUACUCGUGAUUUCGUACAUAGUCGGCGUAUACUAAAAUCCACUAAACCCCUCGCGUCAGACAUCGCCUUGCCGCUUUCGGCUUUUCGGGAUGUAAAAAUCAAUCGUGGAUCAAAACUAGUUUCGAUAGUCAAAGCGCCUACAAUAACCGUAAAUCGGGAGUAGAAAAAUUGUAUCUUCAGUACCGACAAGCCGGCAGAACAUGUCGUCGGCCGAAGCUGACGAUACGGAUGAAGAGCAGCAGCAUUUGCUGGAUCCGUUUUCGCAGCUGGAAGAGGAUCUACGAAACAUGAAGUCCGUGAUUCAUGUAACACGCGAAAAUAUCGAUGCAUUGAAUGCAAAGUUUGCUGAUUUUCAACAACCGCCAGCUCUGUAUUUAGAGGAAUAUCAAGAACUGACUUCAAAGCUACAUGAUCUGGAAAUCAAAGAGCAGGCUUUAAUCGACAGAAAGAUGCAGCUACUGAAUGAGCAGCUCAGUGAAACCAUCGAACCUCCGGAUCCGGAUGAACGUGUUGAAAACAUUUACGGCACUUUGGGUCGACAGUCGUCGAAAAUGCUACUUAGAGCCUUUCUCCCCAACCAGCAACGUACAUCGGUGCAAGUGAUUCCCGGAAUGCGCCUAAAGGAUGCUCUAGCUAAGGCGCUAAAGCGCCGUAAUUUAACCUGUGAGUUCUGUGAGGUAACCGCAGGAAACAGCGAAUAUCCGAUACCUUGGGAAACCGACGUGAGUGCGUUAAAUUGCGAUGAGGUUUUCGUGCGGAUUCUGGAUAUUGGAUUUCCGACUUACAUCUCGCAUCAGUUUAUUCGCAAAACGUUCUUUUCGCUUGCAUUUUGUGAGUGCUGUAGGCGACUGCUUUUUACUGGGUUUUACUGUAACCAGUGCAACUAUCGUUUCCAUCAACGAUGUGUCGACAAAGUACCGCCAAUAUGCAGCAAACGGCAUAUGGAUAGUACGUUUUAUCACGUACUCUUGGCAAACCCAGAAAGUACAGCUGGCAUCAUCAAUCCGGGGGCCGGCCGAUACAGCACGAGCUUACGACAUCCGCGUUCGCUUAAUCAACAAGAUCGUUCCAACUCGGCCCCUAAUGUUUGCAUUAAUAAUGUAGUAAAACCGUUUUUCGGAAUGGACAGCCGGAAUGUUAUCAACAAUCGACCGUUGCAGGCUCAAACGAAUCAAGAACAUUCACAUUCCACCCAAGCAUCUCCAACAAAUACGCUUAAUCACAAUAAGCGACCCAGGGCACGAUCAGCAGAUGAAAGCAAUAAAAAUCUGCUCUCACCGCGGGAUCCAAAACAAUCGGAUGAAAAUUGGAACAUCCAAGCAGAAGAGAUUUUGAUUGGCCAACGAAUCGGUUCUGGUUCGUUCGGAACUGUGUAUAAGGCCCACUGGCAUGGUCCGGUGGCGGUAAAAACGUUAAACGUGAAAACACCAAGCGCGGCACAGUUGCAAGCAUUUAAAAAUGAAGUAGCAAUGCUUAAAAAAACCCGACACUGUAAUAUACUCCUAUUUAUGGGUUGCGUUAGCAAACCUUCUUUGGCAAUCGUGACACAGUGGUGUGAGGGUAGCAGCCUGUACAAACACAUCCAUGUGAACGAGACAAAGUUUAAAUUAAAUACCUUAAUCGACAUCGCACGUCAAGCAGCUCAGGGUAUGGACUAUUUGCACGCCAAAAACAUCAUACACCGAGAUCUCAAGUCAAACAACAUCUUUCUGCACGAUGACUUUUCUGUAAAAAUUGGUGAUUUUGGAUUGGCCACCGCCAAGGUACGGUGGUCUGGUUCACAGCAAUCGAAUCAGCCCACCGGCAGCAUCCUAUGGAUGGCCCCAGAAGUAAUAAGGAUGAAGAAUCUUAAUCCGUAUUCUUUCCAAAGUGACGUGUAUGCGUUCGGCAUCGUUUUGUACGAGAUGCUAACCGAACAGCUUCCAUACAAUCACAUCAAUAACAAAGAUCAGAUUCUGUUCAUGGUUGGCUGUGGAAAACUGCGACCGGAUUUGGCGAAGGUGCGUUCAGAUUGCCCACAGGCUCUAAAACGAUGCGUUGAGGAUUGUAUUAAGUUUAACCGUGAUGAGCGUCCCUUAUUCAGGCUGCUGCUAAAUAUGUUAGAAAAUAUGCUUCGUACAAUGCCCAAGUUUCAUCGUAGUGCCAGUGAACCGAACUUUACCCAAACACAGCUGCAAAAUGACGAUUUUCUGUACAUGUGUUCCAGCCCAAAAACGCCUGUAAAUUUUCAUAACUUUCAGUUUUAUAACGGUGCGGGCAAUUACUAAUUGUCGACGUUAGCUGAAUCGAAGGUAGGGACUAUCGCCUGAUAAUGAGUACGAAGCUAUAAUGUCGCAAGCAAUGGAACUGCACCGAUGGGAUUGGUUAAUUUCCAAUGUAUUCAUGAAUCAUCAAACAAGUCGAUAUCCUCGUCCCUAAACACGCCUGUAUCCCUACAAUAUCGCAUCAGCUCAGAAACGUGUUACUGAAAAGCAUUUGAAGAACCUUCUUUCCUUCGUUGAUUGAACAAAACCUUUACAAAUACCUUAACUGAACGGCUACCUGAGGUUAGUCGUGAUCCUUCGAAGUGAAUCACAAUUAUUCAAUCUGAUUAAUUCUUGUUGCAUAACAAGAUCAAAUAUAUUUUUUGACAAAAGUAAAUAACUUUGUAAUGCUCCGUGAUUCGUACGUGAUUCGACCAUAAUGCGUAAUGCGAUUACAUGAGAUAUUUUUGUUCCAUUCUGAACACUGGUUAAGAAAUUAAAAGCUUAAAGUUGCUCCAACUGUAGCAGCACUAUGUUACUGAUAAGCGAUCAAGUCAAUGAUAAACGGAUGCAUAUUGUAAAUAUACUAUCAGGAUACUAUGUAGUCAACUAAAAUUAUUUCUUUUCAAAUAUAUGUAAGUACCGGUGAACCGUAUGUUGGAGUAAAAUACAAAACACGGAAGGCUAAUCACUAGAAUCUUUAAUGAAUAGCGAUAGCUCUGUAAAACUGGCUUUCUUUUGACCGGUAGGCAAAUACAACAUACGAAAAUGGGAGCGCACAGCUUCAGGUAAUGGUAAAUAUAUAAUCAAUUUGCUUCUUGAUUACAUUUUACCUUUACCUCUUGAUGUGCAUAUGGCGGUAAGCGUAAGCAAUUUAUGUGGAUGAAGUAAAGUCGGGUUGGCGAACGUAGUUUUCUCAGAUGAUACGUUUAUCUUAAAACAAGGUCCCUCUAUACUUUGCUAAAACGAAUAAAAAUAAACAGAUUGAAACAUAGAUACGGAAUAGAAAAUAUGUGUUUAAAGAAAGAAUCAGAACAUUGUUAGAAUUAAAGGAAAGAGGAACAUUACAUUGAUAGAAUGAAAGCGAGUGUGAGAAGAAGAGAAGAAGAGAGUAAAUUAUCUUAGAUAAACUAUGUUGUACAAAAACGGUUUAGUGGAUCUUUUUUUGGCGCCUGAUAUUAUUGAAGGAUACAAUCAUAAAACCUAUGAAACGUAUCUAAGACUUUAUGGGCAGCCAACCUAAAACUGAGUAAUUUGAAUAAGUCAUUCUAACGUUUCCUAAUCAUCGCGCAUACUACAUUGCCACAGCGUCACAUGAUCAAGGGAUGCAAGGUG